CAAAAGUUAUACCUAGGUGAACGUAGAACUAUCAGGAUGAACAUUUAGUUGGCGGAGAGAUCCAUUGUGCAGCCUAAGGGUGUGGCUGAGGACUUACUUAUUAAGGUAGGGCCUCUCUUUUAUCCGGUCGAUUUCGUCAUCCUAGACAUUGAUAACAAUGUCGAUGUUCCCCUCAUCAUGGGUAUACCUUCUCUAUUGAUGAGAGCAUGAAGUUUUCUCACCAUCAUGAUGAUUUUGAUUAUUGUGAUGAGGUUUCUGAUUUCAUGGAGGCACUCGCAUCCGCGGGUGCCUACCCUUCUUACCCUUCUAAAGAGUGUUGUUUGGUAAGGAUGAACAUCUCGAAAUCUCCGGAGGAGGAAGACCAACUUCUGCAAGAUCAGGUGUUGGAAGCCUUGCCCCCAAUGCCUAACCUCCUUGGAGGCACCGCCCGAGUUGGAGUUGAAGCCUUUCCCUCCCCAUCUUGAGUAUGCCUUUCUCAGGGAAGUCAAGCUCCCAGUCAUUAUCAACUCCAAUCUUACACAAGAACUAAAUACUGAGUUGAUUGAGGUCUUGUGGCGUCAUGAGAGGGAAAUCACAUGGAAGAUCGCAGAUAUCUGAGGGAUCGGACCAACCUUUUGCUCGAACAAGAUCCUCUUGGAGGAAGGGGCCAAGCCGGUUCAUCAACCGCAAAGGCAUCAAAAUCCCCCCUUCUUUUUUUUUUCAAAACUUGAAUCACCAAAUUUCCCUCUUCUUUUUUCUUCAAAAAGUUGAAAACACCAAUAUUUCCCACUUUUUCUCUUUCUAUAAACCACAACACUAAAA